CUGGUGGGUUUCAGCACACUGUGACUCGGUGACCCCCACAGGGACUGAAUCGAGUGCCUCUCUGGACCCCAGACUGAAAGCUGCGGUGGAGCUGGCAUCGGGGAGAUGGAACAGGUCUGCAAGGGGAAGAAAGAAUACAGAGGGGGUUUGUUUUAAAGUUACUGGGAAGGUGCUGAGGCCCCACGAUCCUGGAGCCAGACUCCUGUGAAAUCCCCAUUCACAGUUAAAGAUGGAUGCUUGGAGAUGGUCCUUUCUGAGUGCUGAGCUGAUAUUCUUUGCAGCCUGGUGUAGCUGCGCUGCUUUUGCAGUGGCAGCUGCAGGAUUGCUCGUUAAGCCUCGAGAAGGCAGUGUCGCGGGAGGAACCUGGAUUACUCUUACCCUGGAUGGCUCAGCAUCCUACCAGCUGGAACAUGUCUCUUCAGCCAGUGGGUCCCAGCUGGAGGUGUUCCUGCUGAAUCCGGAUCUGCCCAGGUUGCCAUGUGAUGUCUCCCCUCUGCAUUUUGACUUAUCUGCUAUAAGAUGCAGAACAAGGCCGUCACCCCAGGAGGGUUUGUACUACGUGGAGGUGAUCUUUAAAGGACGUGUAAUUAGCAACCUGACUGAGAUGGAGAAAGAAAACUGUACUUUCAAGUUCUCUGCUGCGCAGACACCUGUGAUUUACCAAAUUGUGCCAGCAUCUGGUGUCCCAGGAAAUUUAAUAGAGAUUUAUGGCAAGACAAUUGCUGGAAGAUAUGAGACCCUGGACUUCAACGUGGAUUAUAUUGACGGGCCAGCUGUCCUCACGGCAGGAGAUGGAUGGACCAGCCUCUGCUCUUUUGCUGACAGGCGAGCUGGAAGCACGUACCCUGUUCAGGCAGAAGAUGGACUGGGGAUCCUGCAGUGCUCAGUGGAAGGGAACCACAUAGGGUCCCACAAUGUUAGUUUCUCUGUGUUUAACAAAGGAAAGUCAGCAGUACACAGAGGUGCUUGGCUUGUCAGUGCCAGACAGGAGCUCUUCUUGUACCAGACACAUUCAGAGAUAACCUCUGUGUUCCCGGCCGGCGGGAGUCUUGGAGGAGGCACUGAUCUCACAGUCACGGGGGAUUUCUUUGAGGUGCCGGUGCAGAUCACAGCUGCAGGUGUACCCUGCAGAGUCAAACAAGUCUCUCCCUGGGAAAUCAGAUGCACCACUGAGCCUGCUGGCAGUGGCAGAAGGCUUGAUGUCUCCCAGCCAGGAAACAGAGGGCUUCUCUUUGAAGUCUGGGACGACUCCUCUGAUCUGACAGAAGCAGGUCCUGGAUAUAGAUGGCAGUUUGUACCGAAUGCCAGUUCCCCAGUAAGAUUUCUGUCUGGGGCAAAGAAGUCCUUCAGCUCCAGGCUUCGUGGAUUUUUUGUGGCUCCUCAGACCAACAAUUACACCUUCUGGAUUCAGGCAGAUGGUCAGGCAUCUCUCUACUUAAGUUUAUCCCAAGAUCCAGAACAUAAGGUGAGAAUAGCUUCUCUCCCUGCCGGAAGUUCAGGGUGGUUUGAGAACUGGGUGAAGAACUGGAGUGAGCACUGGCAGCCAAAAUCCCAGAAAUUUGAGUUAAUUGCUGGCUCCAGGUACUACCUGGAAGCGCUGCAUCAUGGGAAGGCACCCAGCAAUGGGAUGAGAAUUGGAGUCCAGAUACAUAACACCUGGCUGAACCCCCACGUGGUGAACAACUACUACAUCGAGAGACAUGAAAUUUGGGCUCGUGCCUUGCAGCUUCCAGAAGUGCAGAUGUUGACAGUGUCUGGUACGGGGUGGUUCAGUAUCUCCUGGAAUAACACAUUGCGUAGGAUGAUCCCCACAAAUGCUACGGCUCACCAGGUGCAAACAGCUAUAGAGGAACUCCUUUCAAUAGGAUGUGAAAUGGAGCCAACCUCUGCUAAAAUCCUUUUCCACAACGGCUUUGAGACACCAGAUAUGAAGGACUUUGUCACCACUGGACACCGGGGCAGUGGUACAGAGCCUUUCUGUGGGAGGUUCAGCAUCAGCAGACCAAGCCAGCUUGUGAAAACUUCCUCAUCAGCUCUACCAAGAUAUGAUCUUACUGAGUACACUCAUGUGUGUUUUGCACAUAAAGGCCAUAUGAGCAAUAUCCUUCAUAUCUUGUUGUCCUACACCAAUGCCUCUUUAUAUUCAGUGAAGAGGAACCUCACCUGCCUGUGGGAUUUCAAUGAAACUGUCUCUGAAAGGUGGGCGUUCUCGUGCAGUGACCUCUGGGAGGGCUGUGUCCAUCGCUCCUCGCUCCUCCAGGACCUCCCGGCCGGUUCCCCGGUGUUUGUGCACCGGAUCGAGCUGCAGGAGGGGACGGCGGGGUCCCCUCACCUCGAUGAGCUCCUCGUCGCAGACAGGGCUGUGACUGUGUCUCAGAGAGAUCCCAGACCACCUGGGCCAGGCAGGAGGGCGGUGGCAGCGGUGUCUGUGGUGGGGUCUCUUCCCACUUACAACGUGUCCUGGCUGGUGUCUGGCUGCGGUGCGAGCCCGCCCCUGCUCUCCCCAAGAGAUGCUUUACUUGGGGAGGACUCUAAGGAGUACGGCUACCUUGAUGUCUCCACGGAGGAUGUGAGAGUCAGCCUCACCAUUCAGAGACUGCAAAAGUCAUCCCCACCUAUUGGAGGGACCUUCCGCAUCCACUUGGGUAAUACGGUGAUAUCAGGUGUUUCAGUGCACGCCUCCCCCCGCCAUCUCCGCAAGCUUUUGCAAGACAGCAUGGAUAACUCUGCAGCCCCGUACUUCAACACCAGUGACUUCAUCGUGACCAAAGACUCAAACUCUUGCUAUGAAAGUAUCUGGACGCUGACUUGGAAAACGCAGACUGGGGAUUUGCCCAUUGUUAUCAAUGUCUCUGCUGAAAACCUCACUGGUCUGAAGGCAACUAUUUCUAGUCGUGUGGUUUAUGAUGGGGGUGUGUUUAUUGGGCCAAUAUUUGGAGACAUGCUUGCUACCUUCAAUAACAAAACACAGGUGGUGGUGGUGGUGAAUGAUGUCCUGGCAAACUGUUCUGGUUCCUGCUCUUUCCAGUUCAGCCGAGAGAUGACACCCUUAGUCAGCGAUGUGGAGUAUUCUUCAGAUGAUGGGUCCCAGGCCACAGUAAUUAUCAGGGGAAGUGGCUUCACUGAGGAGAAGCCAGCCCUACAGGUAGAGGUGAACAACACGACCUGUCAUGUCAUAACAGUGAAUCAAACUGAUGUGGUUUGCCAGAUGGAGAAGCUGCCAGUUGGAGUCUACGUGGUGACACUGCUAGUGAGACCUUUUGGAUUUGCACUCAGUGGCAGCACAGGAGAAGGCAUCUUCCUAAGAAUUGAUCCAAAACUUACAGCUAUUGAACCUCCUACAGCUUCAGAAAUCGGAGGACAGAGAGUAGCUCUCAGGGGGACCAAUCUGGAAAGUGUAAACUUGGUGCUCUUUGGAUCUCAGCCUUGCCCAAUUUUGGAGGAUGACCAAAAUUCAACAACAAUUGAGUGUAAAGUUCCUUCUCGGGGGACAGAAGAUGCUGCUAUCCCUGUGACACUAAUUUCUGGAUACCAGUCAACAACAGUAACCAACUUGUUCCAGUAUAAUUCUUCCUUAAACCCUGCUAUUGUAUCGCUGAGCAGGAACAGAAGUGGCAUAGUAGGAGGUCAGGAGCUUCAGAUUGGAAUAUCCCAGUUUGCCAGCUACCGAGGGGCGGAUAUCAAGGUGCAAAUCGGAGACUCGUGGGCACAGAUCCAGGCACAGACAGACCAUGGUGUUAAUGUGAUGCUUCCAGCCUUGGUUGAGGGAUGGUACAACGUUUCUGUCUUCAUCGAUGGUGUUGCUGUCACUGCAAAUAGGGUGGCACCAUUAAUCCAGUACCUCUCUGAGAUCUUCAGUAUAGAGCCAUGCUGUGGCUCCUUUCUGGGUGGAACACAGCUUACAAUCUCUGGGAUGGGCUUUGGCCAAAAUCCUGCCCUGGUUUCUGUUUCAAUGAAUGGGCAACCCUGUAUGGUUACUCACUUGACAGAAGAGACGGUUUGGUGCCUGACCCCGCCAGCUGCUAAUUUGUCUAGUGAAGAUUCACACGACCUCUCUGUCAGAGUAAAUGUGGUCAUCAGCACUAGGUCUCUUCAGCGCACUCUUUUUGCAAAAACAACCACCACCUUCCAUUACCAGAGAGCUCUGACUCCCCUGGUUACUGUUGUUGAAGCAGAAGUCACAAAUAGCAACCUGCUCUUGAGCAUCCAAGGCAUAAACGUCACUGGAUCUGUGGCUAAGUUUGGACACAGAGAAUGUGAAUUGGAGUUUCAAAGUGGCAACAAGUCUGCAAAGUUUUAUCAGUGUUCUUUGUCACUGAACAGCCUGGAACCUGGGACUUUCUCCAUCCAGGUUAUCCAGAAGCAGCUGGGAUAUGCUCGUGUGGCAGCAAGGCUGCAGGCUCUUACGAUAGCUCCAAGGAUAACCUCCAUAUUCCCAUCACAAGGAUCAAUCUGCGGUGGGAUGUUACUCACUAUAUCUGGUAUUGCUUUGAAAUCCCGAAGAGAUUUAGUACAGGUCAGCAUGGAUGGUAAUUGUUCCUGUGAGAUCCAGAACUCUGCUAACGAUGCCAUUAAUUGUAUUGUCCUCCCAGGGGCCCAUCCUUGGCAUCGCAGGUGCCUGGGUGAGGUGUUUGGGGCUCUUAAUGUCACAGUGACCGUCAAUGGGAUCAGUAGCGUUUGCCUUGGAGCCUGUACACUCCACCUUCAUGAACAGUGGACCCCACUUGUGGAUCUGGUGACCUGGGAGACCAAUGGGACGUUCACCUCUGUGAUGAUCAAAGGACAGAGGUUGGCAUGGCCAGGUGACAGCCCCGUGGUACAUGUGAAUAACCAGUCUGUCUGCAAAGUAACUUUUUGGAAUGAGACCAGCAUCGAGUGCCACACAGACUGUCUUGCCCCCGGGGAGUAUGACAUUUCCAUACACACCAGGAAAAGAGGCCGAGCUUGCUUCAGAAACGCAUCCAGCGUUCUCACCGUCCUGCCUCAGGUGUACUCGUUUUACCCACGAAACUUCAGUACCAGUGGUGGAGGUCUGCUGACCUUGGUCGGGUUGUCACUGAAAGGGAAGAGAAUGACCUCUGUUCUCAUAGAUUAUCACCCAUGCCUUGUUCUCAGUGUCACCUGUGUAGCUGUCCAGUGCGUGGUGCCUCCAGGUAAUGGGACUAGGGCUUUGAGUCUAAAAGUAGAUGGCAUCUCCCGUUACCUUGGUAGAAUAAAUUACAACGAGGAGUUUACCCCAUCUUUCCUUUCACUUGUUGCAACUGGUCACCUUUUAACAAUCACUGUGUCACGGCUCACAGAGAUGGACAGCAUCUACAUAUAUGUUGGAGACUUUAUUUGCAGUGGUGUCACCAUCACUCGCUCUGCUCUACAGUGCUCGGCUCCUCUUCUCCCUGCUGGCAAGUACCGUGUGCUGGGCCUGGAUGUCCCUCGGGGCUGGGCUUCCUCCAACCUGACGUUCACCUCUCAGCUGAUGGUGACAGCCAUGCAUCGCAACUGGGGUGCCUUGAAUGGAGGAGCAGUUUACCUGAGCGGAAUGGGGUUUUCCCCGGGGAAGACUUUGGUCACCAUCUGUGGCGCCUCUUGUGAAAUGCUGGAUAACCCGACGACGACUGAGCUGAGCUGCCUUGCCCCACGCUUACACGCAUCUUUGGCCAUUCUCUGUGGCCUGACGCGUUCUGCUGUUGACUGCCGAGAAGACAGAACCACCUUCAUUGAAUGCGAUGUCCAAGUUACAGUAGGUUCCUAUCACCAGAGAGGAUCUGCGUCUUACCUCUAUGUCUGUGAGGACAGCCCACCUCAGUGGCACUGGAGGGGCACCAGCGCACCCCAAAGGCGUUUUGCUGGGCUCUUUGCCAGCCCUAAAGUGGAAAGAGAUGAAGUUCUCAUCUAUAAUAGCUCCUGUAACAUUACCAUGGAAACUGAGGCAGAGAUGGAGUGUGAGGGAGCUAAUCAGCCAAUUACCGCCAAGAUUACUGAGAUAUGGAAAAUCUGGGGCCAGAACACUCAGCUCGCCGCUCUGCAGUGGUGUGGCCGGUGGGACGAGGACUCCAGCUGGCCUGGCGGCCACCAGCCGCGAGAUGGCGAUACCGUCACGGUGGAAGCGGGCCGGACGCUGCUGCUGCGGAGCGCCACCGCCGCCCUCCACCUGCUGCAUCUGAGAGGUGGCAAACUCUUGUUUAUUGGUCCAGGACCUGUAGAACUGCAUGCUCAUUACAUUCUGAUAUCUGAUGGAGGAGAGCUCCAGGCAGGAUCUGCCGAGACUCCUUUCCCUCACAAAGCACACAUCUAUCUCUAUGGAAGCCUUCGUUCUCCACCGUUAUUUCCAUAUGGAGUCAAGUUCCUGGCAGUGAGGAAUGGGACGCUUUCCCUUCACGGCCGGAUGCCCAAAGUAACUUUCACACACUUGAAAUCAUCAGCUCGUGUUGAUGACAUGCGGCUGCUGCUCCAGGAACCUGUUGACUGGCAACCAGGUGAUGAAAUCCUGGUGGGAAGGAUGGGCCUUGGAGCUGCGGAGCAGCAAGAAGAAAUGGCUGUCAUUGAGUCUGUGAACAACACGGAGCUGUACCUUAGAUCACCGCUCAGGUAUUCCCACACUGUUGGAGAGGGAUGGGUGAAUGGCCAAGGUCUGCCUCCGAGUGCUGUGGUGGCACUGAUUAGUAGAAUGAUUGUUGUUCAAGGAAAUGUAACGAUGGAAAGAAUGUCCCACCUCAGAGAGUGUGCACAAGCAAGCGUUACAAGAGGUGGCUCCAGGUGUCUGUACAAGCGAAGUGAGAGGCAGCUGGGGUCUCGGGACCUGGGGGCCAUCGUAGUUGUGGAGGCCUUCCAGGGAGAGGCAAGUCAUCUCUGGUUGGAAGGGGUCCAAUUCCGCCACGUCGGCCAAGCAUUUCGGCAGCACAUCAGCGCCCUGACUGUUGCUGGCAAUGCACACAUGGCAGACUCUUAUGUACGUGGCUGUUGUGUUUUGGACUCCUUUGGCCAAGGGCUCCGUCUGACUGGGAUCUCCAACCUUAGUGUGGACAGUAAUGUUUUCUACAACAUUUCAGGCCAUGGGCUUCUGCUGGGAGAGGGACUGGAAGAGGGCAACAAAGUCAGAAACAACAUAGUGGUUGGCCUUUCUGGAACAGAGGGUUUAUCCAACAUUGAGACACUGUCACCAGCAGGGAUCUACAUCAGGGCUCCUGCCAACCACAUCAAGGGUAACACAGUGUGUGCUGCUGGGUACGGCUAUUUCUUUCAUCUCUCCCCUGGGGGACCAUCCAAAAUGCCUCUCCUGUCCUUCAGCGAGAACGUAGCUCAUUCCUGCACAAGGUAUGGGUUACUGGUGUACCCACAAUAUUUGCCAGACAGCCCAAACAAUCAAGUUCAGUUCAGCAACUUCACAGCUUGGGGCAGCCAAGGUGGAGCACAGAUUUUUAGAAGCAGUAACCUUGAACUCCAACGCUUCUGGAUUUAUGCUUGCAAAGACUUUGGCAUUGACAUCGUAGAAAGCCUGGGAAACACUUCUGUAGCUGACAGUGUCUUAGUUGGACAUGUUGGGCAAAAGGAUGGGAUAUGUAUGUCAGCAGGACUGAAAACUCCCAAAAGAUACCAACUACUCAUCUCCAACACAACUUUUGGGAACUUUGAUGCGAACACUUGCGCUGCAAUCAGGACGUGCUCUGGCUGUUACCAAGGGCAAGGUGGUUUUACAGUGAGAGCUGAACGUCUGACCUUCAUCAACUCACCUUUCCAAGUGUCCUUCCCCUUUCCUCACUCUGCCAUCCUCGAGGAUCUCGACGGCUCUGUCACAGGGCAGAAAGGAAGUAAUCUCCUCCCUUCCACAGACAUCCUUGGGGCAUCUUGCACAGCCAGUGCCAACUUCAGUCAAGCUUCUGGCAGCAGUGUUUGUGGCACGGACCUUGUUUUCCACCGUAUGUCUCUUUAUUUAAAAGAGGCUCCAGACAUUCCCUAUAAUUUAACUGUGACAGACAGUAGGAAUAAGACAACGACAGUCAAUUACGUCCCUGAUACUUUAUCAAACCUGUACGGCUGGAUGGUUCUUCUCUUGGAUAAGGAGACUUAUGCAUUGACAUUUGACAACCCUUUGGUCAGCAAACAGCUCCAGUAUUCAGUGACAUUUAGCAACUUCAUGACUGGGAAUUACUUGCUGGUGGAACACUACGAUCUUCCUGCCUAUCCUGAGGUUGCAGUGACCUGCGGGACAAGGACGGGAAGGCCACUUCAGUCACUGCCUUCAUACGGUCGGCACAGGAGCUGUGACUGGUAUCUCGACAGCAGGCUGGGGAAGCUGACCUAUCUGGUCGCAGGAGCUGACUUAAUUCAGGUUGCACUGACAGAGAAGGAAAGAGUGGCUUUACCUCCCCCAGCUUCUUCUGAUGCUGUGUUGAAAUGGUCACACUCAGAGACAUGGAAUGACGUGAGAAAAGGCUGGGGUGGAUCCAAUGGCAGUGUCCCAGGACCUUGGGAAGAUGUCAUCAUCUUACCUAACCGGACCGUCCUGGUGGAUACACCUCUUCCCCCUCUGAGAGGCCUCUACAUCCUGGGGACCCUCGAAUUUCCCAGCAGCUCAAGCAACGUCCUGAGUGCAGCCUGUAUCUUGGUGAUGGGAGGCACGCUGAAAGUGGGUUCUCUUCAACAUCCCCUAGAAAGGGAUUUAAAGCUGCUGAUCCUUCUUCGGGCAUCUGAAGGAAUUUACUGCGAUCGUCUGGAGGAAAUAAACGUCCACCCAGGGAGUAUUGGGGUUUAUGGAAAUGUGCAAAUUUAUAGUGCUUAUCCUAAGACGUCUUGGACACAUCUGGGAAGUGACAUUGCUCCUGGCAAUGAAAGGAUUUUUGUGGAAGAUGAAGUGGAUUGGAACCACGGUGGAGAUAUUGUGAUCAGCUCUUCCUCCUAUGAAGCCCACCAAGCUGAAGCAGUUACGCUUAAAGAAGUCCAUGGUCAUAGCGUAAGAACUCAUGAACGCCUUCUGCACAGGCAUAUUGGGCGUUCCCAUGACACAGAAGACGGUAGACGCAUCCCUUUGGCUGCGGAGGUUGGACUCCUAACACGCAAUGUACAGAUCAAGUCUGAUGUGGCUUGCGCUGGGAGGAUGCUGGUAGAACGUUUUACAGACUCAAGUGGGACAGAGUUUGAAGGUGUCCUUCAACUCUUAAAUACUGAAUUUUUGAACUUUGGGCCUCCUCAGCUUUCUGCCAUUGAAUUCAGGAAUAUAUCCCAAAGGUCCUCGGUGUUGUCAUCCAGCAUUAAUGGAAGCUGCGGAGCUGGCAUUAAAGCAGUCAUGAGUAAACAGAUCUUAUUGUGUGAUAACAUUGUGUUUAAUACUGUUGGACCUGGCAUUGAUUUGGAAGGGCAAAAUCAUUCUCUCUUCAGGAACCUUGUUAUUCUGAGCAGGCAACCAGAAGGCUCAUUAAACUGGGUUGCUGGCAUCAAGGUGAACCUUGCCACUGGUGUCUCCCUCUGUGGCAAUUCCGUGGCAGGAUCUGAACGAAUUGGCUUCCAUAUCAAAGGCCAAGAGUGUUUGCUUGAUGGAGAGUAUUGCCGUGAAAAUGUGGCCCAUUCAAGUCUCCAUGGUAUUCACCUCUACCAUGGAGAUGGAUUUCAGACCUGCACCAGAAUCACAGGUUUUCUGUCCUAUAAGAAUUAUGACUAUGGUGUCAUGUUCCACCUCGGAAGCAGUGUCGUGAUGGACAAUGUGGUGCUGGUGGACAACACUGUGGGUCUGAUGCCAGUAGUACACUGUCUCUAUGCCAAGCAAUGCCACACAGGGAAAAGAUUCAUAGAGGUUAGAAACUCCAUCAUCGUUGCCACCAGCUCAACUUUUGACUGCAUCAGAGACAGGAUCAAGCCUCGCUCAGCUGAUCUAACAGCCAGGGAUCGACCACCGUGCUAUCCUCUGAGGGGCCGUGUUGGGAUUUUAUGGCCUACGUUUACUACUGUUCCCAGCCGAAGGCCAGAUAACCCAUGGCACAAAACUGGUUGUUGUCCAAAAGUCGUGGGACUAAUGAAGCUGAAAGAAGUCACCUUUACUGGUUUUACAAAGAGCUGCCACAGCGAGGACAGGGAUGUCUGCAUCUCGUCAAACGCUGAGCAUUCAGGCAUCAUGCCUCUUAUCACAGCAGAGAGAUCAAGGAUGCUACAUGUCAGUGAGAAGGAGAAGUUCUACUUCCACCCGAGAAGCAUACAGACCUCUGAAGACACCAUGUUCCCUGAAGAGAGGUGCAAAAGCUCAAGGAAGGCCCUUUUCAAGGAUUUGGAUGGAGGUAUCCUGGACCUGGAACCACCUGUUUCUGUUUUCCCAAAAUCAGAAUUCGAAUGGACACAGUUCUACCUGCAAGCUGGAAUUUACAGAGAUGACAGCAACUGUAUCUUCAAGCUCUCGGUUCAAGGUUACUUCUGCAAACAGACCGACCAUGCACUUGUCAUCCUAGAAAACCUAGACCCCAGUAUGGUCAGCCAGAAACUGUUCCCUGUGGUAGCAAUAUCUGGCAGCUUUAUGGACACCUUCAGUGAUGGGACUUUGCAUGCAUCGUGUUACCCUGGAGAGCAUCACUCUACUCUCUUUUCUGUGUUGCCAUCCACCAAACUCACCACAAUUUGCUUCCCAGAUCUGGCACCUCUGACUUUCAGACUCUACCUCCUCAGCGGCCAAAACACAACACGAGUGCCCCUUGCUAUAUUCUACAGUGAACCACUCAGCCUUCGUGUUUUCGUUCAAGGGAAAUAUGUCUUUCCGACCCCAUCUUCUUUUUCACUGAAUGAAGGAGCAGGAACCAAUUACUUUAGCUUUGAGGACAAUCUUCUCUAUGUUCUCCUGAGUGACAAGGAACCGGUAGAAAUAGUGGCUGGCCUUUCCCUUCUUGUGGCUUUUGCUGUAACUGAGGCUGUCGGGGAAGAGAAUGAAGCAAGUCUAAUGCAUCGAUUAGCUGAUUUCUUGAAGGUUGGUCAUGACCAAGCCAGAGUAAUCCAUCAUGUGCUGGGAGGUGAAAGCAUGUUAAAGACAAUCUCGGACAAUGCUAGCAAGAAGAGAUAUCACUGCCCCAGCAUGGCAUUUUACAUGGAUUCUCAUAGUAGAUCUGGCUCACAGGAAGCGGGCAGAGGACCAGUGAGCACCCGAGCUCUGCAGCCACCUGAUGUGGCUGGUUCAAGAGUGCUAAUCAUUGAACUUGGUGAUCCACCAGACCAUCCAAGAAAAGAGUUGACAAGUGACAGCCUAAAGGGCUUGGUCAGAACAAUUAUCAACGCUCAUCAGACUGGAGACCUUCAGAGAGGUCUGGGUUUGUCUAUUGAUACCUUAAUGGUGACUCAGCCUGCCCUACUGUUUCCAAUGGAAGAUAACAAUGGAAAUGGAAGCAGACAACAUUCAGAAACGUCCUUGUACAUGAGACCUUACAACAUCGCUGUUCAUGUGCAGCCCUCGGAUGGAGAAAUUGAGAAGCAGCUUCCUAUACAGCCAAAAGUCAUUUUCCUGGAUGGGAAGGGCCAAAGAGUUGACAAACUGGGGCCUCCUUCAGAACCCUGGGUUGUAUCAGCUCACCUCAAGGGCUCCUCGGAGGCUGUGCUAAAAGGGCUCACCCAAGCGCAGGUCAUAGAUGGAUGUGCAAGCUUUACCAGUCUGGCCAUCUCCAGCCCGGGUAUGAACUGGAGACUUGUGUUCACUGUCACAUCACCUCCAGGAGCUAAGUUUACUGUGCUGUCUCAGCCGUUUACCAUUUCCCCUGUCCCCAUGGGAGUGAAGGCCAGCAUGAUCCUCGUUGUCACACUAAGCUCAGCAGCAGCUGCGUUCAUCCUCACUCUUGCAUUCUGCUGGUUCAAGAAGAGCAAAAUUAAGGGAACGGUGACCGAACGGGCUGAUGUACUACAGGCCAGGGCCAAGGGACCAUCGAAACAACCAGGGCCUCAUGGUGCUCCCAUCCAGCCUGGCUACAAUGAAGGGGAAAAUAAAAGUGGCGUGCCUGUAGCAGGAGAUACAGAAGGAACUAGAGCCGUGGGCCAUGGCCUGGGACAACGGGAGAAGCUGAACCGAAAGCCCUGUGAAGUCAAGUCAGUGAGAAAGGCGACCACUGUUCAGUCUAAUACAGGUAACAGAGACACCAUUUCUUCAGCUAGAAACAGUGACAGUCACCAACACCUACAUGGAGGAACAUCUCCCGGUGACUCUCUGGAACUUCAGCAGCCAACUGCCGUGGGGAGCUGCAGCCAGAAGGACGUGCCCCAGCCUUCAGCCGGUUACAACGAGGGAAGAGGGAAGUCUGAAAGGGUGCCCAGACCUCAGAAUGAUGUUGGAGAGUAUGUUGCUGUGGUAGCAGCAGAGGUAUAAGCAAAGAAGUAUGAGGUGGUGGACCCCUGACAAAACAAGCUUUGCCUGGCUUGUGUUCAACGUGAGAAUGAGUCUUUUGUCUCUGUGGUCAGAGGAAAACAUACACUUAUUGGCCUGGGAGCCAGACUGCCACGCUGCACGUGUACGGAUGAACCGGGUGCUAGCUGGCCAGCUAGGUCAGGCUUGGGAUUACGUUUGAAAGCAUUCAGAGAUUGGUCUAAAAAUUCACCAGGGCAGAUGAUUGGGUUUCUGAUCCUUUAAUAUACUGGCACUGAUGUACUUAGUGGCUGGAGCAAUGCCCAUUGGCAUAUGUGCACACAUAUACAUAGAUACAAGUUUUCCCAUUUCUUCUAUUCAAAGAAUCUCAUUAUGUGAACAAACCUCUUUUUUUAAUAUAUUAGUUAAAUACAAGCAUGUAUUCAACUUCCAUUUCUCUGUGACUUGAGUAAGUACUUCUGUUUCUCUCUAGUUAAAUCUGUGUUUGUUUGUUUUUUUUAAUUAGAGUAUUUCACUGAGUUAAAUCUUCACAGUGUCAUUUUUUUUUAACACCCUUAAAUCACUGGCUUGUUGUGAACACUGCUCUUUAUGAAUGAUGGCGAUAAUGCUGGUGUUCUAUGGUUGCUCAGAGAAUUCCUUUGUGCUUUGCUUUACUGAGCUGGAAGAUGAGGAACUUUAUUAUGCCCUCUCUGUACCAUAAAAUUCUUGAUUGCAAGGUGGCCUGGUGGCACAAGUUAAAAUUUAUACUCCUCUGCAGGAAAAAUACUCAAGAAGGAAGGGGAGGUUUCUGCCCAGAUCAGCAGUGGAAGAGAAGGCAAGAAACCUUGAUUUGGAAAAAAAAUCCCCAACCAACCACAAACCAGAUCACUUCAAGCUGAAGGAGCUGAUGUGCCGGUGCUGUCAGUGAGCUACACGGUUCUCUGGGCUCAAAACCACGUUCACCAGCAUUGACUCCUGCAUUGUGAUGUGUCUGUAAGCAUCAUCUUCUGGUGAAGUCAGACUGACUCCAUGGUGAGCCAAGCUUCUGGCUGACUGCACAGGAGCUUUUCUGGCUUAAGACACUUGAGGGUGAGGGCAUUGUAUUGUCAAGUGCAAGAGAUCAGGCUUUCUGACCUCUUUCUUAAGGAAAAGCAAUUUCUUAUAUUAUUCUCUGCAGAGACCAAAAUAUUUUCUGUGGCAGAUCCCUAAGUCUCAUGGUUUCGGGUCCAAAUAAGAAGAUAUACUUUGCAGAGACAUCCAGGUUUGUUGAAAUGAUUUGGAGACCCUUCUUUUCCUCCACAGCUGAAAUCCAGUUUUAGAUGCCGUCACAUGGUAGGAGGUCCUUUGCUCUGUGCAGAUACACAAUUCCUCCAUCCCUCGAACUCCACUCUCCUUCAGCAGUUCUGCUCCUAGUAAAUGACUAUCAUAUCCAAAGCAGCGUGAAAGCAAAUAACAUAUAAUUACAAAUGUCAGAUGUAUGCAAAUAAUAUGUAAAUAAUGUAGAAUAUAAAUGAUUUUCAAAAUUUAUACAAUGGAGCCGCCUUCUUGGGAAAAAAAUCAGACGUACUAGAAACAGUUAAGGGCAUUAAUUAAUCUUUUAAUUCAUAAUCCUUGCAUUUAUCCACACUUUUGUUUACAGAAUAAAUAAUGUCUUACAUGUCUAGACUUCUAAUGGAAUAAGCAUGGCUAAAAAGUCUUUAACUGCAGCAUUCUCGAUCUUGAUUUCCCACACUGCUGUGCAUUAACUGAGUGAGUGGUGGAGCAUGGGAAAGAAGUGAGGCAAAACAUGAUGAAAAAUCAGUGCAAACAUGAAGUGAAUCCUGAAUAAGUAAGGAAUUUAGGGGAUCUUGUGUUUUGUAUAAAAAAAAAAAAAUGGCAUGGUGAUCAAAGAGAAAGAAGAUGUGACUGAGAUUUAGUGGCCGAAGAACAUGGUUAAAUGCUAGGUAGUAUCUUUUCUAAAAAUAACUGGGUUUAGGCGGAUUGGAUCAGCACUUGACUGAAAUGAGAUCUG